AUUACCAUUAUUAUUGUUACUAUCACUGUGGCUAUCAUUAUUAAGUUAUUAGUGGAUAAUAGUCAAUGAAAGUAUUUUCUUACACCGAAAACAAUAUUUUCAUGAUGAAUGGUAAAAACAAAAUGUGUAAUACAUAUAUCUAAAUAUAUGCAUAUAAUAUAUUUAAGACUGAAACCUCCAUUCCUCUCCGAUCUUAAUUUCAUCUCUUGGCGCUCCUGAGCAAAGCUGUCGAUAGUGUGAGGCCUCUGUCGGAUGUUGUCUACAGAGAUAAAUAGACAUAAAUGUAUAUGAAUUGUUAAUCGUGUAAGCCUACAUGUACAUUGAGGGUGCCUCGUGGUUCAGUGUGUUUAUGUAAUGUGUGUGCAAUGUGAGUUCCCGUUCCUUGUGAAUCUUUAGUGUUUGUGUUAGUAGUCUUUUUCAGAUUAUAUUUAUACUUUUUUUUCAUCAGUUAGCUUCAAUUAUUGUUCUGAAAUAGCCAAUUUCUUUCAAGAGUAUAUUUAUACUUAAUUAACCGUAUUGACAGCAGUCUUAAUGCGUAAUCUCUUAGUUAUAUUACUGAUUUGUUUUCAUUACCCAUCUUUAUAAUUAUAUGUUAAUUUAUUUCAGGUAAAGUUGCAUAUUUAGAUUUUUCAUUACUUUCUUACCGAAGCAAAGAUGAAAGUGAAAUUCGUAGUGACUCUUUCGUGGCUGAUGAUAGUACUUGCUUUGGCAGCAAACGAAACUGAUGGUUUUGAAAGGCGUCGACUUACUAGAGUGGUCGUCCGUCCUGGUCACAUCCAGCACCCGCCUUCUCACUCUCCUCCUCGAGUUUCAACGAGAAUUAUUGGCGGAGUAAACGCUCAAUUUGGCACCGUAGGUGCUCUUAAUAGCCCUGGUCCGGAUAGUGUGGGGGCCCGAACCGCUCCGAUCAUUAGAGCCGGGUCCGAAGUACCUAACCGGCGCUGUCUGUGGUACAACGAGUUCAAUUUGUGCGUCAGGUUCGUAUAGUACCGCAAAGACCUUAAUUACUUAGCACAGCUUGAUUCUGAUGAUCAUGAAAUGUUUAUAUGAAAACAUUCUCAGUAGACGAUACAGCCUAGAGUACAUGGCUACUGUGAUUAUAUGAAAAGAAAAUAUACUUUAGAAUUAUUGAAAAGUCCAGUACUUCUUCUAUAACUUGAUGAUAAGGUAAAAGGAUUAUGAUUUCGGUCUUUGCUUGAGUGUUCAAAUACUGUCGACACUGCGAAAGAGAAAUCUCUUUUUACAUUGAUCAAAAGUGAAUUCGUGAAAUAUUUGUAGUACAUGUUGCUUCUAGAAAAGAUGUAUCAUACAUUUUGACAUAGUGGUUAUGUGGACAAGUGCAGUGCCUUGUGUUGAAGACAUCUAGAGGUAAAUUCAUGUAACAGCUAUUUGUUGGAACUGCUAACUGGAAUUCAAGACUUAAAAACACCUAGUCAUAUUUUUUAAGAAAAUCAGAUCAAAUAUAUACGAAAUAGAGGCUACACGUACAUGUAUUUUUAAUGUGUGCCUCUGUCGGUAUCUCAUCUGUUGUACACAUGCGUGAUUGUGAUAAUAAAACGAAA